CUUAAAUCUUCCCAAAUCCAGUGCCCAGACCUUAUAUGGCAGAGGCUUUCAGUACCGUUUGUUACCGUUAGGCACAUAACCACUACCUAAUCAUGGCAAAUCAUUUAAUCCUUGCAAGCCUCUAGCAUUGUCUUCAAACCUUGAACCUCUUCCAGCUUUCUCAAACGUCUAGCUUUUCUUAAAAUGACUUUUUCUGAUCCUAAGAGUGUUUUAACUGUACGUAGUAAAAGACAAAUUUAAUUAUGAUCAGAAAUCUGAAUUACACAGACUUUGUUUGCUGUGCUGUAUGUAAUAAGAUAAUUCCACCAGCCCCCUUUGGGGAAAUCUUCAAACGGAUCCAUGAGUACAAGCCACUUAAGACACGCUUUUACACUCACAAAGAUAUACUGGAUAUUGGGACAGAUAUUCUGAAUAAAGGAGAGCAGUUUCAAGAAGCUGUACUCAAAGAACGUAUUGCAAAAGCAGAAGCUGACGUAUGGGUGAAGGCAGAUGAACGCCAAAGAGAAGCAGUGAAGAAAGCCCUUGAAGAAGCAAGUGAUAUGCACAAAAUGAAAAUCCAGAUUCUGAAAGAGGAACAUCAAAAAGAUUUACAGGAAGUGGUAUCUAAGACCAAGAUCGAGUUGCAUCAAAACAUGGAGGAAGAACUGCAGCGAGAACACCUGGCUGCCGAGCAACGCCUGGUCCACAGGAUCCAGAGGAUCAUGAUGGAGUGCCACCGGGAGAAAGUCCAGGCCGUGGAGGAAGCCCGGGCCCAGGAGAGGAACAUAGCCCAGGAGGAGAUCCAGGCCCAGAGAAGAAAGGCCAUGGAGGAACUUUUGAGAGCUGAUGUCACAGUUAUGAAGGAUCAAAAGAACAGUGUGAGCCAACUGAUAAAGGAAAAAGAACAUGACAUGAACAUCUACUAUUGCAUGGCUCAGAGACAGAAGCAAGAAGAGGUUCAGGAAGUGCUUCAAGAAGCAGAGAAAACACAUCAGGCCACGCUUGGAAAUGUGAUGGACAAACUGCUUAACACUCAGGGGGAGCUGCUGUCCAUGGCGAAGCAACUGGGAAUCAUGACAAAUUGGAAAGAUUUCCUGGAGGAGGAGUUACAGGAAACCAGGGUAGCAUUUCAAAAAUACAUCAAUUAUACGUUUCCAAAGCUCUCACCGGGACAUGCAGAUUUUAUUCUGCCAGAAAGAAAGAAAAUACCUUCCAGUCUUAUUACUCAGGAGAGCCAAGCAACUCUUGAUUAGAAGUCUUCAUCUGAAAUGGCACUACAAAAGACAUUGUUCUAAAGACUAAAUAAAUUUACUCAAAAACCA